GAAUGAGACUUUAUUUAAAAAAUAAUCCAAGUUUUUAUUUAGAAUGGAAAUAAAAAUAACAAAGUCCCUAAGAUUAAAACUCUAGAAGGAGGGUAACUACGCUGAAACUUCAUUUUCAUCUCUUUCUACCAAAUUCCUAACAUGACAAAUCUUAAAAAUCCCAAUUAAAAUCUCAAAAAUUCUAUUCCCUUGUAAACAUAUAUUAUGUUCAGCUAUAGAGUUUGUUCUUUGUACUGUUGUAUUCUUCCAUCUUUGAUUUCUCCCAGAAAAACACAACAAUGGAAGCAGCAUUUACAGACUGUUCACUCAUUAGCUCCGCGAUUGCGAGAAUAUUAUCAGAUCGCACUUGGCAGCAGCUUAGAAACCUUGGAAUUUCAGAGGAUAAACUCCAAAAAAUGCAAGAAACUCUCCGUCGAAUUCAAAAAUUUGUUGACUCUGUUCGUCAUCAAUUUCUGAUUGAAAAGGGGAACGACAAAAUUAUUCUUCUUCUAAAUCGAUGGCGACAAAAACUCAACGAUUUGACUUUUUUUUUUGAGAAUAGUAAUGAUGAGUAUGGAUCGGAAAUCCUUGAGAGGAAGAAACUAUCAUGCAGCAAAGCUUCCUUUUUCAAACUGAAGAUUUUCACUCAGAUGAAUGAGCUUCAUAAAUUGGCUUCUCGAAUUGAUUAUGAGAUUUCUAAAAGAUAUCAAGACUUAAAAUUAGAUAAUCAUAAUAGAGAAAGGUCGGAAGAUCACGAAUCAAUCAUGAUUAUUGAAAGGAAGGCUGAUGAGGAAAAGAUUAUAUCAAUGUUAAGGAAUACUAUGAAUGCUGAAGCGGCGAAUGCUGGAGCGGCGAAUGCUGAAGCGGCCGACAUUUUCACCAUUGCCAUUGUUGGAAUGGCAGGUAUUGGGAAAACAAUCCUUGCUGAUAGGAUUCUCGAAAAUCCAAUGAUUCAAAACGAGUUCAAAACAUUCAAAGUAAAAGUACAAGUGUUUGAUGUAACAAGAAUUAUGAAGGAUAUGUUGCAGUCAUUGCAGCAAGGAAUGCACCAGAAUAUAAAUGAUCAUGAGGAGAUCAUGAACAGGCUUCGGGACUCCAUCGAGGGCAAAAAAACUCUCAUAGUAUUGGAUGAUGUUUGUUCAGUUACCCAAGAUCAGUUAAGUCCACUUUAUCUGAUGCAAAAAGUUGGGUGUAAAAUCAGUAUUCUAGUAACUACUAGACGAGUAGAAGCUGCUAAGGCCAUUGGUGCUUCCCACAUUCAUUAUCUGCAAAAAUUAUCUGAUGAUGAUAGUUCGUCUAUAUUUGAGUCAGUUGCCUUCCGUGGAAGGUCGAUUGAGGAAGUCGGAAAGUUGAAGGAUGUAAGCAAAAUGAUUGUAAACAAGUGUAAUGGUGUUCCCUCGGUUAUCCAGAAAAUGGCGGGUUUUUUACAGGACAAGGUGAAUGUAUCUGAGUGGACGACUGUUGCAGAAACUGAAUUAUGGGACUUGCCCAACUUUGAGAUCUUGUCAACCUUGUCACAGACUUUUGAUCGCUUCCCGAAUGCUCUAAAAAGAUGCUUUGCGUACUGUUGUAUAUUCUCGAAAGGUGCCACUAUCCGAAAAUCUGAUUUGAUACGGCUCUGGCUCGCCCAAGGCUUUCUUUCAGAGACAACAAUAACGGAAACUGCUGAGAAAUACUUCGACAUUUUGUUGAAUGAGUCACUUCUACAGGUAUCUAAGCUCGAUGAGGAUGGAAAUGACAUGGAUUGCACAAUGUAUGACUUGACUUAUGAUCUGGCAAUGAAUUUCUCUAAACAUGAACUUCCGAAUAUCAACGACCAAAUAAAUCGAUCAAGUAAUCUUUCUGAUGUCCGACAUUUAGUCAUCUCAUCAUCGAAUGUGAUAGAGGCACUGAAAGUGAUCACUUCUCGGGGUAUUAGACUACGAACAAUACAUUCAACGGUUGCAGUUCCGGGGAAUUUGUUAACUCAAGCAAGAUAUGUAUAUGUGUUGAAAUUAGAUGGAAUUAAUCUAAAAGAGGUGCCAAAGAAUAUUGGCAAGCUGAAAUUUUUACGGUAUCUUGAUCUGUCAAAUAACCCAUUCACAUAUUUGCCAGAAUCAAUCUCACAUCUUAACCUGUUACAAACUUUAUUGCUUAAAAACUGUACAAAUUUCUCGGUUGUGCCCAAGUGGUUUCCUAAUUUAACCCAAUUUUUACUCAUUGAAGUUAGCCCGUUAAAGUUGCAAAGCCAGAUGAUACCUCCUACAGCUCUCACGAAACAACCUCCUAUUGAUUUGGAUAAAGAGGGGGGAUUUGAACAGUUUUCUGGAUUGUGCCAUCUCACUGAUAUUUCUGGUCCACUGUUUAUUAGUGGUCUUGAAAAUCUAAAGGACAAAGAUGUCGAGGAAGCAAGGAUUGGAAAUAAACACGGGAUUUCAGCUCUGGAACUGCGUUGGAAUACCAACCGAAUAGAGGGAGGAACUGACAGCGAGCAGCAAAAUGAUGAUAAUCAGCAAAAAAUUGUUCUUGAAGCCCUUCAGCCUCAUUCUAAUAUUCGUAGGCUCAAUUUGGUUGGCUAUAACGGUCCUCAAUUUCCAGAGUGGGUGAUGAGGAUGAAGGGCACAGACAAUGAAAGACUGAACACAAUAGUGAAGAUCGAAUUAGUUAACUGCAAAGAAUGCCUGCUACUUCCAACCAUGGGACAGUUACUCUGUCUUCGGGAACUGAAAAUUGAUGGCAUGGACAGCAUUGAAGUUAUAGGUCAUGAGUUUUACAAGUAUAGCGAUGACGAUGAAGAAAAUAAAAUUCCAAAAGUAUUCUUUCCUGCACUAUGCUGGCUAAAACUGCACAAUUUUAGUAGAUUAAGAGAAUGGAUGCCUGCUCCCACUAGUACGACGAUGGAUAUUCACUUUUGUCGUGCAUUUCCAAGUCUUGAGGCGUUGCAAGUUGUGAACUGCCCCAAUUUGAGGAGCAUCCCAACUGCUUUCCCGCUAAUAAAAAAUAUACUGAUCCAAGGAGUUAAAAAGGGUAAUUGGUUGGAGACGCUGAUUACUAACAGCUGCAGGAAUCACAGUUCUUUGAUUUCCCUGGUAUUGUCUAAGGUGUCAGGACUAAAUCGUCUUCCUAACGAGUUGGUCCACUGUACAUCUCUCAAAGAACUCAGUUUACAAAAGUGUGAAAACUUAAGAUCAUGGCCAUGUUUACCGUGGAAUCUCAUCUCCCUCGAGGAGCUGUGCAUUGAUGACUGCCCCAGUCUCAGUUGUCCUCCGCCUGUUGAUGGGCUUACUGCUCUCAACAUUUUAAUCAUUAGAGGAUGCAAACUCCUGGCAGAGACCCCAAGAGAAUUGGGAAUGUGCACAUCUUUAACUAAAUUGUCAAUCAGUAACUGUGCCAUCUUGGAAAGAUUUUCAGAUUUACAGCAGAUGAUUAGACUUGAAGAAGUAGAUGUAUUAGACUGUGGGAAACUGAAAUCACUGCCUAAAGGACUCGAAGUUCUUCCUAGCCUUCGGACCUUGAGAAUUAAUGGGUUUCGCAAAACGUCUGAUCAUUUUCCAAAAUGUGAAUCCCUCGAAAGAUUAUGGAUAAUGGGCACACAAGACAUGAACAAUCUUCCAGAUCAACUAACAUCCCUCCCUCAUUUGAAAAACCUCAGAAUCAGGAGCUUUUCUGCCCUGGAAAUUGUUCCUGAUUGGAUAUGUGACCUGAAGAACCUACAAAUCCUGAUAUUUGAAGACUGUGAGAAGUUGAAACAGUUUCCUCCACGACAAAAAAUGCUGCAGUUAAAGAAGUUACGCAGCUUGCGUAUUGAAAACUGUGUACUCUUAGAGGAAAGGUUAGAAAAGAUCCUCAAGACAAAUAAUUCUUUCCAUGUGCCACAGAUAAAGAUCAAUGGCCGCUUGAUUCAGGGAGAUAGAAGCUCGGUAUCUCAGGAAGCAGAUUCGCAAGGCACUUAUACUGCCACAUAUUCAUCUGAAGAGCUUGAUCUUGGAAUCUAUUACCCUGUUGAAGAUGUAUGGCGAAUACCGGACAAUGCUUGUCGAGGAAGUAAUUCCUUUCCUUUCUACAUCCUAGCUUGCUUUCUACUAAGUUUUUUAGUAGUAUUUAUUCUUACGUUUUAUAUCAGACUACAAGAUACAUUUUCACCUUUGUAAAUUAUAUGACCUUUAAAAGGGGGGCAACACAUACAAAGUUGAUUCUGUUGUAUUUCAUUCAAUAAUUUUCAGCUCAAUAGUUCAAUCAACAUGGAGUUGUAUGUAUGUGUAUACUGCUUCAGCUUACUAUUGUACAAAAGAUUUUGGAACAACCUUAGAUAACAGGGAUAUUGACCCACUCUCGAGUACCUUAGAUAGAAGCUAAAAGAAAUCACGAGCACCACUCUCUGACUCUCGAGCAUUUUGGAACAACCGCAACCAUGACUUGGCCCCUUCUUGUCAACAUUCCAAUGUUUCGGGUACCAAAAACGCUCGAGGCAGGGCCGUUCCAGAGGAUAGUUUUGAGGUGCAACCGCCUAGGGUUCAACUUACAAAAUUUAGUUUGUGCAUAAGUACCUUAUCAUUAUAUGAUCUUAAAUUUGUACAUUUAUAUUGACUUUAAUCAUGUGAUGGAAAAAAAUUUUAUGAUGCAUAGUUGGAGAAAAAAAGAAUCGAAACUUUACUUAUACAAGGACCUUUUUAUAUUUCGCCUAAGGCCCAAAAAUAGUCAGAAAUAGCACCGACUCGAGAUUAAGACCAAAAACACUGUUUAGGAAAUCAACAUAAAAUAGGCCUUUCUGGGUACUAACAUAAUUUUGAAACAGAAAUAAUUUCCAUUGUCCAUGUAAUUGUUAAGAACAACUCAACAAUUACACACACCAUUCACCCUAAAAACUGGAU